AGGCAAGAAUUUCCUGCCAAGAAGAGAGAGAGAGAGACGCACGUGGGACUGCAUGCCUCACUCCUCGCCGCUCUCUUUUGCUUUUACAGAAAUGAAACAGAAAAUCAAAACCCAAAAGACUCCUUAUUCUCUUCUUGAUGUCUCAAGAACUUUCUCUCUUAUUUAUAUCUACUGCUUGCUUUGAUGGUUUGACUUGCACUUAAUCUAUACUGCUUUCUUUUCUUCUUUUUAACUCAUUCAUACUCUUUUUGACAUGGAUAAUCUGAAAAUCUUUAGCCUACUUUUAGCUUUGAAACACCAGCCUUACUUAGAUAGGUUUUGUUUUGAGAGAGUACGGCAAUACUAAAACAACCAUCAUGCAGUUUUUAUUUCAAAUGUUCAUUUGAUAUUUUGAUCUUGGAAACAUUGCUUUUAAGGUUUUGGUUUGUGGGUAUCAACCAUAUUCUUUGAUCGUUGGUUCUCAUCUAUUUGACAUCGGAACUUUUGUGUGUUAAUCAAUGGUGGAACUCCAAUCCUGUGCUAGUUUGGUCAAUGCCUCUGCUUUGUGUUCUAUAGAGCAAGAAGUGAAAGGUGAGGCAACUGUGAAUAUCAUUGCAGAGAUAUCAGCAGAGUUGCAAAGGGAAAGAGAGAAGAAUGCAGAGCUUAUGGAGAGAAUAUCUGUACUUGAGUCUCAAAUACAAGAAAGAGAUAAAGAAUCCUUUAUCGCUCAUGGUCAAGGCAGUUGUCUCAAUGCAGCAGAAAGAAGCCUCAAGAAGUUUAAAAGACAAAAAAUAGGAGCAAUUGACAAUGAAAGUGGAGAAAGAAAUGCUUCCAAUGGUGAAACAGUAUCACAGAUAAAGAAUGACAUUAAAUGCAAUCCACCAAAAGAUGCAAAUGUGGAAGACCGAUUGGUUAAUUGGAUGAGUAUGGAUGAGACUCAAUUUUUGCUUAUUGAUAAACUGAAAGAUGAUGAUUUAGCUGCAGAUUGUGAUGAUACGGAUGAUAGUGAAGAAGAAGAUGACUGUGAAGAAGUUGAUACCCUCAUUGACCACAAAAAUGGAGCUACUUGUGAGAUUUCUAAUCAAACAGAUGCACUUCAGCAUCAAAAUGGUGUUGACGAGAGAGUAAACCUACCAUGUCCAGGAAGUUUCCUUGGUGGACAGUGUGAGACGACAUUUCCACCAGUAAACCAAGAAAAGAAUGCAGAUAGGAAGAAGUAUUCCACACUGCCUGAUUCUGAACGAGUUAACAAGAAGAGGGAUAUCCAAAAGCAAGAUGAGAAAGGAACUGGAAAAACUGGAGUUCACGAGACACUGGCAGAUGAUCCUGUUUCUAAGCAGGAGGCUUGUAAUAAUGGCCGUGGAAACAUGUCAUCUAUCAGAAAGCCUCCAAAGGUGGCCUUCUGUCCAAAGGAAGUAAAAAGGAUGCUAGAGUCGGAAGUCCUUUUACUGAAAAAUGCGCAGUCUCACACCAUAAGGAAGAUCAUAGUUUUUGCAUCGCUUGGUAUAAGGCAUGGCUGUGAUGAUAUGUAUGAAUUAGACUUCAAUCAUUUCAGCAUUCUGAGAAAAGGGGAACCUUAUGUGUCUCCAAAAGAUCCAGGGGAGCAUGUAAUCUAUGAGAAUCCAGGCAUCCGGAGGAAAAUAUUUUUUCCAAAUCGGCAGAACCCAACAUUAUGUCCUGUUCAGAUACUUGAAGAAGAGAAGACUAUGCGUCCAUCUGAUCCUAGCUGCCCAUCGUAUUUAUUUCUGUGCAUUAAGUAUGGCGGAAGAACUAGAAAUCUUCCCCAAAAUGAAUAUGUCAGGCAGCGCAUGGGAAGAAACAAACUAAAAUCUUUUGGGCCAGUUAUAUGCCGAAUGGCAAUGCUAGUCCAUAUCCGCAGUGGAAGCUUCUUUUUUAAGGCCUUGGGAAUUACAUUUCUGUUCAUGGCUGGUUUUCCUGAUGACCUGGUCAAAAGGGAAACCAAAUACCGGAACUUAGAUUUGCUGCAAAAGUAUUACAGGACAGAUGAAGAUGCUGAAGGGGAGGAAUUGUUUCUCGCACAUCCAAUGAAUUGUGAUACUCAGGCCAGUCCAGGUUCUCAUAAGUCAACUGGGAAGUCAAUUUCCACAAAAUUGAAGGGCAAGAAACAAGCAAAAUCCAUAAGUAAGCCUCUGAAUUUGCCAAGAUCCUCAGUUCAUCAGUCUGUACCGUCAAGCUCUGCACCACCCACCCAGUUUGGGCUUAUGGGCUAUACUAAAAUUCAAACUCAGGCAAUAGCAUCAUUCCAAUCCAUACCAUCUCAAACUCCACCAGAUAUCUUAAAUGUCUCUAACCAAGUGAUGAACAGUUCUGGUACCAAUAUCUCUUACAACAAUCAAACCCCAUAUCAUAUGUUCCCACCACAACCAGCAAAUGCUUUCUUGCCUAUGGUGUAUUGGUCUGCACCAAAUGCAUUUCCUCCUACUCCUUAUGCCUCUACAUAUGGUUACCAAGCUUUUCCAUCCACUACAAACUACAUGUCCUUACAUCCUCAGCCUUAUUACAGCAAUCCCUCCUGCAGUCCUUCAAUUCCUAAAAUGGCAGAAAGAAAUUGGAAGAAUGAUGCUGCCUUGGUGGAAGCUGAUAGCGACUCUGAUAGUAAUUCUAGCAGUACAGAGCCAAAACAGGCAUUGGCAGGCUGCAAAUAAUGGAGCAGAAGCUAUAUAUGUCUUUGAUGUAAAUUAUCUCUAUUGGAAAUAAUCCUAGCAGAAGAAGGUGCAGUGUGUUGCAGUUUUAGGCCUCUCCUCCAUUGCUGGUAUUCCAUGCAACUUUGAGUCUAUUUAUUUAUAUAGUGAAUAUAUUUUUCUGUUCUUAUUUGCC